AUGACGCCACAUGCGGAGGAUAUUGCCCUCAACUUAGAAGUUUCAGACCUCAUCCGAUCAAAGAGUGUUCAACCUAAAGAUGCGAUGAGGUCUCUGAAACGACGACUGGAAAAUAAAAACCCCAAUGUGCAGUUAGCGACAUUGAAGUUGACAGAUACAUGCGUCAAGAAUGGUGGAACACAUUUCCUCGCCGAAAUCGCUUCUCGCGAGUUCAUGGAUAACCUCGUCUCCCUUCUGAAAGCGGACGGUUCUCCGCUUAACACAGAGGUGAAAGAGAAAAUGUUGGAACUGAUCCAAGACUGGGCGAUGGCAGCCCAGGGCCGUAUGGACCUGAGUUAUGUCGGGGAAACAUAUCGCAAGUUACAAGAUGAGGGUUUCCGAUUUCCGCCAAAGACUCAAAUCAGCGGGAGUAUGCUUGAGAGUAGUGCGCCGAAGGUUACCCAAGAGCCGCCUCAGCCAUCUAGUCAAUCCAGGAUCGAGGAGGAAGAGGAGGAUGCAGAUCUAAAGGCCGCUAUUGAGGCAUCCCUGCGCGACAUGGAACAGCACAAGCAAAAACACGCUGCCGCUCUGAAAAACACCCCUACUACUGAACCUUCCACAUCUCGAGAUACACCUGGCGUGACAGCGUUACCCAAGAAUCCUUAUGAGUUGAGCCCUGUGGAGGUGGAGAAUAUUCACCUCUUUUCUACUCUUGUUGACCGAUUACAACACCAGCCACCGGGUACAAUUCUACGCGAGCCGCAGAUUCAGGAAUUGUACGAGAGCAUUGGCACCCUUCGACCCAAAUUGGCCCGAAGCUAUGGUGAGACUAUGAGCAAGCAUGAUACUCUUCUUGAUCUACACGCUAAACUAUCGACGGUUGUCCGGUAUUACGAUCGCAUGCUGGAAGAGCGUCUCUCGAGUGCAUAUUCGCAGCAUUCACUAGGAUAUGGGACCGUUCCCAGCGGCCCACGGUAUCCUAACGUGUACCCCCCGAUGCCGCAACAUGCUCCCGAAGGGAAGAGUGGGGUUGAAAACUUCUACUAUGGGAAUACAGGCGCGGAAAAGCCACCAAUUUCUGGGACCCCAUAUAUCCAGCAACAACCAGAAGGAGAGGGGCUCGACAGGGCUGGAAUGCGUAGCGGCGCCAUGAGUCCCGGCAUGUACUCACAGCCUCCUCAGGCCAUGCCGCAAAAUCUACCUUGGAAUGGAAAGGCACAGGCUGCGUCUCCCCAGAUCUCGGCCGCCAAUACGCCUUACCCUCAAAGCCCCUCUGCCUGUCAGAGUCCCACCCUAUGCAACCCGGAAGCCACCCUACACUUCACCGCCAGCCCACGGACCCUGCAGCCCAGUCUUAUUACUACCAACAACAACCUUCCCCAGCGCACCCAGCCGCUGCAUACUCCCAGGGGCAACCGGCGUACCAUGGGGCGUAUCCUGUCAACGAUGCCUCUCCGGCCAUUCAAGAAAGGCAAUAGCACGCAGAUCAAUGACUUUGUGGACUCUCACCCGGGAGGUCCCAAUGUCAUUCUCCGCUGUGCUGGGAAGGAUGCAACAGAGGAAUUCGACUCAGUGCAUGAGCAAGAGAUCCUAACACAGUCUUUGGCUGCUUCGGCUCUUCGCGGGCAUAUUGAGCCAGGUACGCUGGUGAAAUCGAAUGACAUCCAUGAAAUUAAAUCAUCGAACAAAGAUGCAGGUCUGCCUCCUCCACUGAGUAGCUUGCUUAAUCUUCAUGAUUUCGAAAUCGUCGCCCAGAAGCACCUACCUCCUAAUGCUUGGGCUUAUUACGACUCCGGAGCCGAGGACGAGAUCAGCAAGCGACAAAAUUCCAAGGCAUUCCAGAAAGUCUCUCUUCGACCGCGCAUCCUUCGCAGAAUUACGACUGUAGAUACAACGACUAAUAUCCUGGGCAAGCAAGUUUCAUUGCCAGUUUACAUGAGCGCUGUUGGCAUUGCAAAGCUCGCCCACCCCGAUGGAGAACGCGCCCUAGCAGGCGCAGCUGGGAAAGAAGGAUUGGCACAAGUGCUUGCCAAUGGGGCCAACAAUGUUAUUGAGAGUGUCAUGGAUGCACGAACCAGCUCAGAGCAGCCUAUCUUCCAGCAGCUGUAUGUUAAUCGUGACAUUAAAAAGUCUGAAGGUGUGGUUCGGCGUGCGGAACGCGCUGGUGUCAGUGCCAUCUGGAUCACGGUCGACUCUCCAGUUGUAGGGAAGAGGGAGAUGGAUGAGCGAUUCAAUCUUCAGGUUGAGGCGAGGGACGACCCGUCCAGAAAAGGGCAAGGCGUUGCCAAAACAAUGGCCAGCUUCAUCUCCCCAUUUAUCGACUGGGAUAUCCUGUCGUGGUUACGGGGCCUCACCAAACUACCUAUAGUCAUCAAGGGGAUUCAAUGCGUUGAGGAUGCGGUACAAGCAUAUCACUGUGGAGUGCAAGGGAUUGUUUUAUCUAACCAUGGAGGACGAUCACAAGAUACCGCCCAGGCACCCCUCCUCACACUUCUUGAGAUUCGACGAUAUGCCCCGUUCCUCAUUGGCAGCAAAAUGCAAAUCUUCAUUGACGGCGGCAUUCGACGAGGCACCGAUGUGUUGAAGGCAGUGGCUUUAGGAGCGACCGCUAUGAGCAACCAAAUUGAUAUUCUUCUCUACGGCCUAGGAGCCAUUGGCUCCUUCUAUGCCUUCAUCUUAACCCGCAAUGACCGAGUCCGUCUAACGGUAGUAGCGCGGUCAAACUACGACGCGGUCAAGGAAGACGGUAUCUUCCUCGACAGCGGAAACCAUGGGCAGCACAGAUUCCACCCUCACCACAGUAAUACAACCCUUGUCUACAUGCAUAUGCAUAAAGGACUAACAGAUCUAGUCAUAAAAUCCCUCGACGAAAUAUCCGGUCCAUUUGACUACGUCAUCUGCGCGCAUAAAGCCAUCGACCAAGAGGCAGUGGUAACCCGAUUACAGCCAGCUGUGAACGAAAGGACAACUAUUGUCAUCAUCCAGAACGGCGUUGGUAAUGAGGAACCAUUUCGGAACACAUUUCCCAUGUCCUCUAUUAUCACAUGUGUGUCAGAAGACAUGCAGAUUGGUCUAUUCCCCAAUGCAUCGGUAGAUGAAACACUUGAGCGGACUCGAUUGAACACGUUUUCUUCGCUGUUAGAGGAAGGUGGAACUAAGUUCCAGGUCCUGGAGGAUAUGCAGCGCCAGCGCUGGGAGAAGGUCGUCUGGAAUGCGGCUUGGAAUCCUCUGACUACUUUAACCUUGCUCGAUACACAAUCUUGGCUCCAUUCCAGCAAGGAUGCAACGCCCUUAACACGCCGUUUGAUGCGGGAGGUUAUCGACGUUGGUCGCAGGUGUGGUGUGCCGUUGGAGUAUGGGCUUGUUGAUGAGUUGAUGGACAGGAUUAACUCUUUGCCGGGUGUUGGGAGUAGCAUGCAGACGGAUUAUAAGAAUGGUAGGCCCAUGGAGGUGGAUGUUAUCUUGGGGUUUCCGGCUAGGAAGGCGAAGGAGUUUGGUAUGGAGACACCGGUUUUGGAUACGAUUCAUGCGCUGGUGCGGGCUGUGGAUGGUCGUGUGAGGGCUUCUUUGUAG